AUGCCGACAGAAAAUCAUCAUGAGCUCGAUUCCCCGCUCGAGAAUCGUCUUUCGAGACUGAUGCUCACCAAUCAGGCCGAGCAAACGGUCCCCGGCCGACAGUCUUCUGAAAACACCGUCUGGCCAACCGCAAAGACGUCAAAUGUGCCACACGAUGCGGUUGGCAUGGUUCCAUGGGAACACGUGUCGGAAGCAGCGACGCGACAGCAGUCGCGACCGGAAUCUCAAGUUGCAAGUAGAAUGGGUAGACGACGCCCCAACCAGGCGCAGCGACGACAAAUGACGUCUGAGCUGUCGUUGGCCAUGGCCUCGCCAUGGACUGGCCAGCAUCCAACCUCCUUGCAGCCCGACUCACCGCCUGGCGCAUCCGUCGCACAUGCAGUCCCUACAGGACGUGAUAGCCUCGGCCACGCUGGGUACAGGGACCACCGGUCGACAAGAUCGCGGGGCGAAUCGUCGACCUGGGAUCAUACACCAUGGGCCGACUCUCAGCUGUCGCCGCCGCCGCAGAGGCCGACCAAUCGCCGAGGUGGAUGUGUUCGACGAUCCGGAUGGCAGCGGGCGCCCGAGCCGUUGCACCUGGUGAACUGCAGCGCAAACCCCCAGCCUGUCAAUCGUCCUCCGUUCCAUGACACUGCCAACAUUCCUGGACAAGCUGCUUUGCUUGAUCGACUCUGCUACGACGUGGUAAGCGAAUUUGAGAUACGGCGAGAGGAGCUUGCCGAAAAGGAAGCUUUCAGAGUCAAGAUCGAGGGCAUAUGUCGUCAGGUCAUACUGCAUCACGAGACCCAUGCCAGCGCCAAUGCCCAGAACUUUCCAGUUGCUUCCGUGCAGUUGAAAUGUUUUGGCAGCCUGUCGUCUGGCUUCGCCACGACAGCAUCGGAUAUGGACCUUGGGCUGUUUUCACCCUUGUCAGCAGUACAACCCGACUCACCAGAUUCCCCAAUCCCUCGACUAAUCGAGAAGGCCUUCCUGGAUGCCGGAUAUGGCGCCCGCCUCCUCAGCCGCACACGAGUCCCUAUAAUCAAACUUUGCGAGAGACCCUCGGACAAGCUACGGGACGCAUUGCUCAUAGAAAGGUCGAAAUGGGACAAUGGUAUCGAGUCGAAAUCGGACGACAGACUGGCCGAACCAAGCCAAAACCCGGAGGAUCAGCCCGAGCCAGGCGACGACACGACUUUGGCUGGAGAAGGGACUGGGCCGCCGUUCGAGCUUGCCGCAAGGGCUGACCAAGGAGAGAGCCGACCGUUUCACCUGAAGCAACACUCGCAAAGCUCCCUGCUGGCCUAUUUCGGUCUCGCCACGAGGGUUUUGAAGAGAGCCGGCGGCCGCGACGCCUUCGUGCAGGGAUUGGACGAUUCUGUGCUGCGGCAGCGACUGGAUUCCUACCCAUCCCUGUCUUUCGGGGCUCCCCAAACAACUUGGUGUAGCCGAUCUCUCGCAGGAGUCUAUAUCCAAGUGGAAGGUGAGAGGAUUGCCCUAAACUUGGAGCGUUGGCUGGACGGACACGACGCCCUUGACCCGGAUAAGAAGGCCCGGCAAGCCAUCGCAGCCUGGAGAAAACUGCAAGCAAGCUACAGAUUUGGCAUUGACCCUCUGUCCGACAACAAGAUCCUUCAAGCUGCUCUGGCUGAGCUAAAACGCGUGCCGGCGGUCCAACUCAUGCAGCUGAAGCAAGAUGCGCUUGAAAGCCCCUCUCAAUAUCACGCCAGGGUGUUGAGGAUCCUGCAUGAACUAGGAAGACCCGGCGCGGACCAGUCUGAUGCGGUCAUGCGUAAAAUCGUCUCUCAGUACAUCUCAGGGAUCCAAAACGAUGAGGUUCGCGAUGAAGUUGCCGCAGCAAGGGCUGACUCUUGGAACAAGUUUGAUCUGCUGGAGCUGGCGCAGAAGCACAAGUGCCUCAGUCUCGCUCGCGAACUUGAGAGGGCAGUGGAGAAUAAUCUGUAUAACGAGCAGUUUCUCAGCGAUAUUCAGGAUUAUGUCUUGCUACUAAGGUCACACUCAGAUGGAAAGCUUAAUGGCCGCUACAUUCCGGUCACACAAGACUCCCUCCCGCUGCUUUCCAGAAUGAAGCUGCUGCCCGACCCACGCAAGUUAACCAUGAAAACGCGCGACAGGUAUCAAGAUUCGUUGGAAUUUCCUCCUGGUGGCGUCGGGGUUCAAUGUGACAUCAACUUCUCGGCCCAUCUCGCCCUCGAGAACACGUCACUCCUUCGCUGCUACUCUCUCACAGAUCCGCGGGUUCGACCAAUGGUGCUAUUCGUGAAGAAAUGGGCAAAAGUCCGGGGCAUAAAUUCCGGAUAUCGCGGCACGUUGAGCAGCUAUGGGUACGUACUGAUGGUGCUACACUAUCUGGUCAACGUCGCAACACCAUUCGUGUGCCCCAAUCUCCAACAGCUAGCUCCCACGCCGGGAUAUCAGACUCGCUCCGGUACCCAAGGAAUGCCGACGUGUCGUGGAUACAAUGUCCAGUUCUGGCGAAACGAGCAGGAGAUCCUUCGUCUUGCGGCAAGUAAUCAACUAAAUCAUAACACCGAGACAAUAGGCUGUCUCCUUCGUGGGUUUUUUGAAUACUUUGCUCACAGUGGAUUCCUGAGCCGCGGAUUUGGCAAGGGAUUCGACUGGGGACGAGACGUCCUCAGUCUCCGCACUCAUGGUGGGCUUUUGACCAAGCGGGAAAAAGGCUGGACUGGUGCCAAAACUGUUAUAGAAGGUUCAGAUGCCCGUACUUAUCAUCCAUCGCGGGGCGAGAAGCCAUUCCAGCUCAAGGAAGUGAGACACAGGUAUCUGUUCGCCAUUGAGGACCCCUUUGAGCUGGAUCAUAACGUUGCCCGAACGGUAAUUCACCAUGGCAUUGUAUCAAUACGAGACGAGUUUCGGCGUGUGUGGCGGCUCAUUCAACUAAGCAACGGUAGAGGCUGGACUGAAGACAUUCUGGCUGAUGCUGCUGAAGACAAUGACGACUCCCAGUCCUUUGUCAGCUUGAUCGAGGAGUUGCAUGGGCCGCAGGAACAAUGGGCACGAGGAUAA